AUGGUGGAAUCCAUUGCUGAGACUGUUACUAUCUCCGUCCGUCGUCCGACUGAUACCCCUACCAUCUUCGUCGCCGGUACCUUCUCGGAACCGCAAUGGGAGCCAUUGGAGCUGAACGUUAAGACGAUAGAGGUUGAAUCGGAACUAGACCCGGGCCUCUACUCGACCGAGUACCUUUUCUUCCGGGAUUUCAAGCUGGCUCCGGGGCAAUACCAGUACAGAUUCCGAGAAGGCGCGACUGGAUCCUGGUUUCACGAUGAGUCUGUAAAAAACGCUUCGGGAACUGAGGGCCUGGUCAACAAUUACCUUACCGUCAAGCCUGCGGCCGAGCCGGAGACUCCCAUCCAAAAUGGUGCCAGUGAUAAGGCGGAGGAGAGCACAAAAGAACCCGAGACAGAAGCUUCGACACAUGUUGAGCCAGUAACGAAUGGCGUCCACAAGUCGAAUGGUGUCAACAGAGUCGCUGAUCACGAAGCCCCUGUGGCUGACCAGUCUCCUGCCGAGGAUCAGAAGACCGCCCAAGUCCUUGAAAAACCUAUUGAGGCUGAUGUCAAAGCAGAGACUGAGCCAGAGCCGAAGGAGGUUCUUUCUAAUGGCACCAAGGGGCCUGAAGUCAAUGGAACCGAACCUGCUGCGCAGCCCGUGGCCGAGGAGAAGUCGGAGCCGGUGGUAGAGAAGCCCGAGGAGAAGGUGGCUGAAUCUCAGCCCGUGGCGGAGAAGGAAGACACCGAAAAGAAGGCUGAAGAAGGUGCAGCCAUCCCUGCUCAGGAGGAGGGGACGCCGGUUGUGAACGGCGAUGUUAACGUUGAAACUGAGAAGCAAUCGGAGGAAUCCCAGCCGCAGAAGGUUGCCGAAGAAGUAGCAGCUAAGCCCGAGGAGCCUGUUGCUGAGAUGUCCGCACCCGAAGUCACGGCUGAGGAACCCCCCGCUCAAGAAUCGACCCCCGAGAAGCCCACCAUCACCGAAACUACUGCAACUGAAGCCAUCACGGAGCAGCCCGUCGCCGAAGCGCAACCGACUGCGGAGGUGGAGGCCCCCGCCACAGAGCCCGCCGAGACAAAACAGAUGGAAGUUGCUUCUGAGGACCCCGCCAAGGAAGAGCUAACCGCUGAAGAACUUAAGGAAGCUCCCUCCACGGAAGAGCCAGUGACAGAAUCUGUUAAGGAGGAGACGGCAUCGGACCAGCCCAAAGAGUCAGUCUCCGAGAAGUCCUCUGCCGAAGAGCCAGUUAAAGAAGAGACCACCGAAGAACUGAGGGAGACAUCCGCCAACGAGAAGCCAGCUGAGAAGCUCGACGAGUCGGAUAAGGCUCCUGUUCAAGAGGAGACGGCGGCGGAAGAGCCUAAGGAGACGACCAAAGAACUCGUCAAGGAAGAGACAACCCCUGAAAAGUCGGAAGAAGCGCCCGCCUCUGAAGCGGCCGUGACUGAGGAGCCCGCUGUCGAAGAACCGGUCGAGGAGAAGGCUGCGCCGGAAGACCCUAAGGACACUUCCACCGCUGAGCCAGCCGUUGCUGAAGAGCCAGUUAAGGAGACCGUGAAGGAAGAACCCGUCCCUGAAAAGUCCGAGGAACCUGCCACCCCUGAACCAGUCGCUGCUGAAGAAUCAGUUAAGGAGACCGCUAAGGAAGAGCCGGUCUCUGAGAAGUCCGAGGAACCUGCCACCCCUGAACCAGUC